CCACAGAAAUCACCUGCUGAUGACACCAGGAAGUUUGCCAUUUCCGCGCACGCGUUGUCUGCAGGGAGAAGCUAGCUGAUCUGCCGCCACCACACAAAGCUACAACUAGCCUAGCAUGGUAGACUUUGAAAAACAUAUAGCUAUAAAUCUUGCGUAUCUAGAAUGUUUCAAACGCAGUUUUACAUUGUUUAGCAAAAAUAACUGAUGGGGAAAUGAACGGCUGAGAUACGAUUCGUUGCAUUUAGUGGAAGCAUGGAAAUGAAAGAGUGGGAUCUCCAGACAGCACCAUGAAGCAGUCAGUGAUAACCUAGGUCCAAGGGAACUCUGAUCUCUAACCAUUACUUUGAUCACCCGUCCUGAGGUGCGUACAUGGGAUUCCCAUCAAUAGCAUGAAAUAUAAGCAUUCCUAUCAACAUCUGGUGGAAAGGUUAAGUGUUAAAGCUGCUGCUGAGGGGGAAGCUGGCCAUGUCACGGGUUCCUACCCCUCCUCCACCAGGGGACAUGUCUACUGGACCUGUGGCAGAGAGCUGGUGUUACACACAGGUGAAAGUAGUCAAGUUCUCCUACAUGUGGACCAUCAACAACUUCAGUUUCUGUAGAGAGGAGAUGGGGGAGGUCUUAAAGAGUUCCACCUUCUCCUCUGGACCCAACGACAAGAUGAAAUGGUGUCUGAGAGUCAACCCAAAAGGACUGGAUGAUGAAAGCAAAGAUUAUCUGUCGCUGUAUUUACUACUUGUUAGUUGUCCAAAAAGUGAAGUCAGAGCAAAGUUCAAGUUUUCCUUAUUGAACGCUAAAAGAGAAGAGACUAAAGCUAUGGAAAGCCAAAGAGCCUAUCGUUUUGUCCAGGGGAAGGACUGGGGCUUCAAGAAGUUCAUUAGAAGAGAUUUCCUGCUUGAUGACGGCAACGGGUUGUUACCUGAUGACAAGCUCACCCUGUUCUGUGAGGUGAGUGUGGUGCAGGACUCUGUGAACAUCUCUGGCCAGUCCAACAUGAACAUGCUAAAGGUACCAGAGUGCCAGCUGUCAGACGACCUGGGGAACCUGUGGCAGUGUUCCCGCUUCACUGACUGUUCCCUCUAUGUGGGGGGGCAGGAGUUCAAGGCACACAAAUCCAUCCUAGCAGCGAGAUCUCCCGUCUUUAGCGCCAUGUUUGAACAUGAGAUGGAGGAGAGUAAAAAGAACCGUGUGGACAUCAGUGAUGUGGAGCCAGACGUGUUUAAGGAGAUGAUGGGAUUCAUCUACACAGGGAAAGCUCCCAACCUGGACAAGAUGGCCGACAACCUGCUGGCAGCUGCUGACAAAUAUGCCUUGGAGCGUUUAAAGGUGAUGUGUGAAGAGGCUCUGUGCACCAGCCUCUCUGUGGAGAACGUGGCUGAUACCCUGAUCCUGGCGGACUUACACAGUGCCGAGCAGCUCAAAGCACAAGCCAUAGAUUUUAUCAACAGGUGCAGCGUCCUCCGACAGCUGGGCUGUAAAGAUGGGAAAAACUGGAAUAGCAAUCAUGCCACGGACAUAAUGGAGACGGCAGGCUGGAAGUCAAUGAUCCAGUCCCACCCUCACUUAGUGGCCGAGGCCUUCAGAGCCUUGGCAUCGGCACAGUGCCCGCCCUUCGGCCUGCCGAGGAAACGCCUAAAACAGUCCUGACUGCUACAGCAGAGACAGCCCUCUGAUCCAGACACUAGGAGCUGAAACAGCAUGGAGACCCCCCCCGAGCAGGGAUGAACAGAGCUGGGAGGCUACCUGGCUGGGAGGCUGACUCCUACUGGUGGAAAGAAACAUUUGGUUUUGGUCCUCAAGUUUUGUCUGCUAUUUUUGUCAUUUCAAAUGGCUUUAAUCUAUCUGCCAUUACUCUGGAGCUGAUCUACUGUGUUCUCCCUAUUUGAUUCUGUGGCUGCCCCGUCCCACAGACCAGGCUGCCCCGUCCCACAGACCAGGCUGCCCCGUCCCACAGACCAGGCUGCCCCGUCCCACAGACCAGGCUGCCCCGUCCCACAGACCAGGCUGCCCCGUCCCACAGACCAGGCUGCCUCCAGAUUGCACUAGUUCCCAUAGUAAUUUUGAUAUGGAGUUCUAUAGGGACGUGUUAAGGGUUUGAUUCAUGGGAAAUAUAUAUUUGUAAUGUUUAGCCCAUUUUGUGACUAGACAUUAAAGCGUGAACACUUUCAGUGCAAGAUCAAUUCUAUAUACUUUUUAAAAGAUGAGUAUGCCCCAUAUUGAUGGCACCAUUUCUAUGUAAAUGACAGUUUAACCAUCUUCAGAAGACCGGUUUUAAAGCAAGUCUGUUCUAUUUUCUGGCAUUACGAGACCCUGUGUUGAUGCUGUUAUUGUAUGUAAGAUAAACAUGUCUAUACUCUGCCUCUGAACUAGUCACACUCGCUAUUGGACGAAUAGGAAAGGCAAUUUCCCCAGACAGUCUCCCAUUGGACGAUCACUUAUGCAAAGACCAACCUAGUGUCUUCAGACAGUAUUCAUACCCCUCAACGUAUUCCACAUGUUGUUACAGGCUGCAUUCAACAUGGAUUAAAUCGCUUGUUUUUUUCUCACCCAUCUAGUCACAAUACCCCAUAAUAACAAAGUGAAAAUAUGUUUUUAUAAAUGUGUGCAAAUGUAUUAAAUGAAAUAUCUAAUUUACAUAAGUAUUCACACCCCUGAGUCAGUACUUUGAAGAAGCACCUUUGGGUAUGUCUGGAUCAGCUUUGAGUCGUCUUCAGUAUGUCUGGAUCAGCUUUGAGUCGUCUUGAUUUGGGGAUUUGCUCCCAUUAUUCUUUGCAGAUUUUCUCAAGCUCUUAAGUUAGAUGGAGUAGCGGUGAACAGAAAUCUUCGUCUUUUCACAUAUUUUCAAGUCUGGGCUUUGGCUGGGCCACUGACGGACUUUCACAUUCUUGUUCUGAAGCCAUUCCAGUGUUGCUUUGGCUGUAUGCUUGAGGUCAUUGUCCUGUUGGAACAUAAAUCUUCGCCCCCCGUGUAAGGUCUUUUGCACUCUGAAACGGGUUCUUAUCGAGGAUUCAUUCAUUGUUCCCUCCCAGUCCCUUCUGCUGAAAAGCAUCCCCAUAGCAUGAUGUUGCCACCACCAUGCUUCACGGUAGGAAUAGUGAUGCUGCCACCACCAUUCUUCACGGUGGGGAUGGUGUAAGACGGGUGAUGUGUCUGGUUUUCUCCAAACAUAGAGCUUUGUAUUCAGGCCAUAGUUACAUUUUUUUGUCUCGUCAGACCAAAAUCAUUUGCCUUAUGCUCUGAGUCUUUCACGUGCCUUUUUUGCAUACUCCAGGUGUGUUGCCAUGUGCCUUUUUUUCAGGAGUGUUUUCUGUCGGGCCACUAUCCCAUAAAGUCCAGAUUGGUGAAGUGCUGAUGCGGUUUAUCCUAAGUCAGCCAAGGAAAUCUGUAGUUUUGUCAGUGGUCACUUCCCUGACCAAGGUCCUCCUUGCCUGGUUGCUCAGUUUGGUCAGAUGGCCAGCUCUAGACAGAGUCUGGGUAGUUCCAUAUAUAUAUUUUUAUUUCCCAAUGGUGGAGACCACUGUGCUCUUCAACCUUUCAACACUCUAGAAAUUGUUUUAUUCUCUUCCCCAAAUACACUGAGUAUAUCACACAUUAGCAACACCUUCCCAAUAUUGAGUUGCACCCUGCCUUUUGCCCUCAGAACAGACUCAAUUCGUCAGGGCAUAGACUCUACAAGGUGUUGAAAGCGUUCAAUGGGGAUGCUGGCUCAUGUUGACUAAAAUGCUUCCCACACUUGUCAAAUUGGCCGGAUGUCCAUUGGGUGGUGGACCAUUCUUGAUACACACAGGAAACUGUUGAGUUUGAAAAACCCAGCAGGGUUAUAGUUCGUGACACAAACCAGUGCUCCUGGCACCUACCAUCAUACCCCGUUCGAAGGCACUUGAAUCUUUUGUCUUGCCCAUUCACCAUCUGAAUCGCACACACAAUCUGUCACUAUUGUAUCAAGGCUUAAAACUUCGUUAAUCUGUCUCCUCCCCUUAAUCUACACUGAUUGAAGUGGAUUUAACAAGUGACAUCAAUAAGGGAUCAUAGUUCCUUGGAUUUAAUUUCUGCUCUGGCAUGCACUGUCAACUGUGGGACCAUGUAUAGACAGCUAAAUCAUGUCCAAACAAUUGAAUUGGCCACAGAUGGACUCCAAGUUGUAAUGACAUCUCAAGGAUGAUCAAAGGAAAUUGGAUGCACCUGAGCUCAAUUUGGAGUGUCAGUAUGAAUACUUAUAUAAAUUAGAUUUCUGUAUUUGAUUUUCAAUAAAUAUGCAACAUUUUCUAAAAACAUGUUUUCACUUUGUCGUAACGGGUUAUUGUGUGUAGAUAGAUGGGUGAUGUUUGUUUUUGAAUUAAGGCUGUAACUCAACAUGUGGAAUAAGUCAAGGGGUCUGAAUACUUCAAGGCACUGUAUAGAUUCAACUUCCAGAGAUUUAGCUUUCCAUGUUACUACAAACUUGUCAAUAUGAAGUGGUUAACAAAAGGAAACAUUGGGGAGACUAAUGCAUGGUCCUGUAUUGUUGAAAACAACUGUCCAGGUUAACAUUUUGGCAUCAACAAUUUUUUGUGUGCAAUUAUCUAAGUAUCUGUUAAGGAUUUAAAUGAGUCCUGUCCAGAUGCACUGAGCUCAAACAGUGUUGGAGAUCAAGCUGUAUAGGAUGCUGUCCCCUUGGCAUUAUUACAGUCUGUGUUACAGGGGUCAGGCCAGCUUCACAUUCUAACCAGGACCUGAAACUGAUUAAAUUCAUCAAUGAAAAAAUGUCAUGUUGGUUGUAUGGAUGGGUCGCAUGUUGGUACAGUCAGGAUGUGUUGUAUGGAUGGGUCACAUGUUGGUACAGUCAGCAUGUGUUGUAUGGAUGGGUCACAUGUUGGUGGUACAGUCAGGAUGUGUUGUAUGGAUGGGUCACAUGUUACAGUCAUGAUGUGUUGCGAUCUUGAGAAAGUGUCUGCAAAAAUGCCUGCAUUAACCCAUUAAAAUGUUUUACAGCAGUUGGUACUUUA